CAUAUUAGAGAUCAAGAAGAUUGAUAUUGGGCAAUAUGGCUACUCCAGGACUUCCUCCGUUACCCCCAGCACUAAAAGCUAUUCAACACUAUUUAAAAACAGCAACAGAACAUGAACAACGCGAUCAAGUCGUGGCAUAUUAUUGUCAGUUAUAUGCAAUGCAAAAAGGGAUGACCAUUGACAGAAAGUCACCAGAUUGUAAACAUUUUCUGGUGUCCUUGAUGGAUUUACUUGAAAAGAAAAAACAACAGUUAAUAGAUAACGAAGCUGUACAUAAUGAAAUGGUUGGUCAAGCUCAUGUGGAGAAUUAUGCUCUAAAAGUUUUCCUAUUUGCUGAUAAUGAAGAUAGGGCUGGGCGAUUUAGCAAAAAUGUUGUGAAAUCUUUUUAUACAGCAGGCAUGCUAUUUGAUGUACUUACAAAUUUUGGAGAGCUUUCUGAUGAUGUUGAGAAAAACAGAAAAUAUGCCAAAUGGAAGGCAGCUUAUAUUCAUCGUUGUUUAAAGAAUGGUGAAACACCAACUCCAGGUCCUUUACCAGAAGAAGGGGAUGAUGCAUCAGGUGGUUCAAAUUAUGAUGAUCAUGUGCCACAACAGGGAGGUGGCAUGAUGCCACAAUCCGGGCCAUCUGCAUCUGGUGGUUUGAAUUUACCUGGACCAUCACAGUAUCCUAUGGAUGGUAGUAUGUAUAAUCCUGGUGCUGGAUCGUACGCUCCUCCAACUACUCCACAAGAAGUACCUAGAGCUGUUCAUGCACCUGUUAAUCCACCUAUUCAACCUAAUGUCAAUUCACAAUGGGCACCUCCACCUAACCCAGCUGGUGUGGAGUUGAAUGCAACACAGUACCAAAAGGCUAUGAAGUUAUGUAAAUAUGCCAGCAGUGCUCUACAGUAUGAAGAUUCUAAAACGGCUAUAGACAACCUUAGCAAAGCAUUAAAAUUACUAACAACAGGUUCUGAGUGAUUGAUAAGUUGUUAAAAGAGAUAUAAAAACUGUGAUACAAAAGUCAACGGUAUACUUUCUUCUAGUAGAGGAGACUUGUUCUUUUUUAAAAAUAUAUUCAAUAGUUUGACUGGGUAACAAUUGAAACUCAAUAUGGCCAUUUUAUUUAUGGAUGAAACAAACAGUAAAUUUAAAACUUAGUUCAUAUCAUAAUUGUCUUUCAAUUUUCAGUCAUUGAAAAAUUAUGAAGUUUGUAAAGCAUAUUUAUUCAAUCUUUCAUUACUGGUAAUAUAAAUAACUGAUAUCUUAUAAUGAUAAACAGAAAUUACAGAUUGACUGUAUUACAUUUUAUACUUCUGAUUGAAAAAAAAAAAUUGUCUAAUAUUUAUAGUAUUAUUAUUAUCAGAACUGAAGAAAUGCAUGUGUUAUAUUACUGCACAUACAAUAGGCCUAUUAAUUCAAAGUAUCUAUGUUGAAAAAAUCUUGAAUCUCUGCUGUAUCCUUUGUCAAAUAUUAACAGCAAUUCUUUGUUAGACAAACAGAAAAAUUAUUCAGUGUACAGUAUAAAAAACCAACCCUACUUGUUAAACUAAAAAUCAGACAAUCUGUAUUAUUUUUAAUGAAUACUAAUAUAUUUAUUAUUAAAAUCUGUAUGUUCAAAUUUAGAAUUGGUGAAAAUUGUGUAAUUUUUGGUUGGAUACACCUGUAUGAAUGAAUGCUGUAAUCAUCCUUGGUAUCCCCAGUGGUAUAUUUAUCAAUGAUAUCACUGGGGAUAUUGAGGGUGUUAUAUAAUAUUCUUAUUCAUCUUUCUCAGAAGGGAGCUGUUAACUUUUAAGGCAGCAGUCAACUAUAAUUUAAGAGUUAUGUUUGCUAUAUGUUUCAGUGCCUAUCCUAAUUAUUCACAUUCUGAUUAUAAAUCACACUUAAUCUGUAUCCUGUUAUUCCAAUUAUUGUUACAUCUGUAUAUCUAUUGAGGCAAACUAAUGCAUUGGUUAAAUUAUAAAUGGAUGGGCUAACAAUAUGGCUGAGAAUAUGUAAUACCGUAGAGAUAGUUAUAUAUUGCAUUCACUUGACCAUGUUUAUAUUUAGGAUUUAGAUCAGACAAAUAUCAAACAACUCCUAGGCAGUUUGAAUUUACAGAUCAUUAAAGAUAUAUUAUGGGAGAUUAGAUAAAGAACUGGCAGUUCUCACUAUAAUAGUUAAAAACUAGAUAUUGUAAAGGGAAUUUGCUGAAAAUUUCAUUCAAAUUGAUCCACUCUGAACCGAGAAUUUAGCGAUUGAACUUUGGACCUAGCCUUGAUCAUCAUUACUAAAGUUGGUACGAUAAGAUACAUAGUCUCGUUUAUCCAUUUCUUGAUUUAAUCAUGAAUGAGCAUAAUCGAGUACAUAUCGCAGGCUGGCGAUGACAUCGAGAGUUGGUUAUGGUCUGGAUAAGUUAAUUAAUGUCAAAUGGAAAGACCUGCAGUAGGCAGAUUUAGCUCUUGCAUAAUGUAUGUUUAAAUUAUAUAUCUUGCAAUUAGAUAAAUCAGCCAAAUCGGUGGUCGUUAAAUGACCUCUGAAAUAUUUUGAAUAUUAACUCGUUAGAAUAAACUGGAUGGAGGCAAACCACCAUAUAUAUAGCAAUUCUCUCUCUCCAAUUUCUCCCCUUUUGAAUGGCAAUUUUUGUUGAAUUUUGGGUCUAGAAUUAAAGAGAGUUUGAAUUCACAUUUUCUGCUAGGGUUUGGUCAAUAUUCAUGGUUUAGAGGUUGAAGGGUAACCAAGUUCAUAUAUACAGCAGAUAUAUAUAAUAUGCUACUUCAAGUAUGUGUAACUCAAAAUUUCAGUGGUCAACCCUAUACACUUUUGAGCAAAGACAAUUCCAUUCAUUGCUAUGUCUGUAGUGGAGAGACUUCAGCCCAACAAAAAUUUGGGCAAUAGUUAGAGCCGGGCAAAGAGACCAGAAUUGCCAUUAAAUUUAAUGAGGAAAUUAAUGGUGGUCUGCCUCCAGAUGUAUAAUUAUAGUUAUCUCCCUUUGUUCCUAGUUAUUUUAUAAUAGUACUGUCAGCUUUGAUAAAUGUUUUUAUACUAUUUUGUUAUUGAUAUGUCACUGUUUGUUUUUGUAUUAUUAAGAUGUAAAUAUAUGAAAUAUUAAUAUACUGAUGUUAUAUUGCAGAUACGCUUUCCUGGAUAUUUCUUACAGCCUUCAAACUGACAAGGAUCAGACCGAAAAAACAAAAGGUACAGAAUGAACAUAAGCUAUUCCUAGAAUUCUAUUAAUCUUGCAUGGAAUAUUAAAUAACAUCCUUGUUUUAUAGAUAAUCAAUACAAGUAGCAGGUACAAGUAAGAAAGAAAACUUGUUGUAAUUUGUGAGUGUGAAAAUAGUGUUAUCCAUUAAGUUUUUCUAUUAUGUUAGAAUCUAUACAAUAAUGAUUUUAUGUUGAAUGUAUAGUUAAUCAGUUAAUGUACAUUAUUGGUCAAUAUAUAUAUAUACAUAUAUAUAUGUAUUUAAAAAAUACAUUAUUAACAUCUAAUUUUAUUGUUUGUGCUUAUUAUACAAAUAUCAUGGCAAGGGGAAGUCAGCAUUUUGUCGAGAUUUCCCAUAUUAGUUGCGUUAGGGCUUUUCACUUAAAUUUGAAAAAUUAAAUUAUGAAACAAA